AUGGCGUCGCUUGAGAUAUGGUCUGUGAUCACGUGGACGGCAGCUAGUUUUGGAAACACAGCUGUUGCAUAUAUCAACUACAUUAUUUCCCCAUCCACUAGGCAAGAUCUAUCUAUCUAUCUAUUUAUCUAUCUAUCUAUCUAUCUAUCUAUCUAUCUAUCUAUCUUCAUUUAUAUUCAGUCUUUUCGGAUCUAUUUGCUACAGUUUCUUUCUUUCUUUAUUCAUUUAUUUAUUUAUUUUCAUUCUUUAUUCCUGCUUUACUUUCUUCAGAUAUAUUUAAACUUUUCAGUUCCGUUUGUUCAAACCUCAUUUUCCUUGAUUUCUUUCUUUCUUUCUUUCUUUCUUUCUUUCUUUCUUACUGGCUGUCUCUCUAACCCUCUUUCUUUCUUACUGGCUGUCUCUCUAACCCUCUUUCUUUCUUUCUUUCUUUCUUUAUAUAUAUAUAUGUUCAGACUUAUCAGGCCUGUUUGGACCCGUGUACUUUCUUUCUUUCUUUUUUUUUCUUUUUUCUUUCUUUCUUUCCCAAUAAUCCAACAUGAACAAAUCUAUCUAUCUAUCUAUCUAUCUAUCUAUCUAUCUAUCUAUCUAUCUAUCUAUCUAUCUAUCUAUCUAUCUUUGUCUGUUCAUAUCUAUCUAUCUAUCUAUCUAUCUAUCUAUCUAUCUAUCUCAGACUCUCUUUCUUUCUCUCUCUCUCUCUCUCUCUAG